AAAUAGUGAAAGCAGAAAGUUGGGUUAAAAUGGCAGGACAGAAGCCGCUUUUGGAACUGGAAAACUUUAUUGCUGGUAAAUUUAUUGCCUGUAAUUCACACAUAGAUUCCUAUGACCCAUCUACAGGAGAGGUGUAUUGCAAAGUUCCAGACAGUGGCAAAGAAGAGAUAGAAGCAGCAGUCACGGCUGCCAGAGGGGCCUUUCCCCAUUGGUCAUCCACAAGCCCUCAGGACCGCUCUCAGAUCAUGAAUAAGUUGGCAGAUCUGCUGGAACAAUCCCUGGAGGACUUUGCACAAGCUGAAUCAAAAGACCAAGGGAAAACAAUCACAUUUGCCAGAACUGUGGACAUCCCACGGGCUGUGUACAACUUUCGAUUUUUUGCCUCCUCAAUCCUUCACCACACCACGGAUGCUACUCAGAUGGAUUCCAUGGGCUGCUUGCACUAUACUGUGAGAAGUCCUGUUGGAAUUGCUGGCUUGAUUAGCCCUUGGAAUUUGCCACUUUAUUUGCUAACCUGGAAGAUUGCUCCAGCUAUUGCUGCUGGAAACACAGUGAUUGCUAAGCCCAGUGAGAUGACAUCAGUGACUGCAUGGAUGCUGUGCAAACUCUUAGAUAAAGCAGGGGUUCCACCAGGCGUAGUGAAUAUCGUGUUUGGAACUGGGUCCAAAGUAGGAGAGGCUCUGGUGUCUCAUCCUGAAGUUCCACUGAUCUCGUUUACUGGGAGCACACUGACAGCUGAGCGGAUCAUGCUAAAGAGUGCCCCCCACUGCAAGAAACUCUCUCUGGAGCUUGGGGGCAAGAAUCCUGCCAUCAUUUUUGAUGAUGCCCAUCUGAGCGAGUGUAUCCCUACAACUGUCAGGUCCAGCUUUGCUAAUCAGGGUGAAAUCUGCCUCUGUACCAGCAGAAUCUUUGUCCAAAGGAGAAUUUAUGAGGAGUUUUUAGCAAGAUUUGUUGAAGCCAUAAGAAAAUGGAAAGUUGGCCCCCCCUCCGACCCUACAACCAGCAUGGGAGCUCUGAUAAGCAAAGCCCAUUUGGAGAAAGUUAGAAAUUAUAUAAAGAAAGCCUGUGCUGAAGGGGCAAGAAUUCUGUGUGGAGAGGGUGUGGAUAAUUUGAACCUCCCGUCUAAAAACAAAGGGGGCUAUUUCAUGCUUCCCACUGUGAUCACAGAUAUUAAGGAUGAAUCCUGUUGCAUGAAGGAAGAGAUAUUUGGUCCUGUUGCUUGUGUUGUUGUCUUUGAUACUGAAGAGGAAGUGAUUGAAAGAGCUAACGACGUGAAGUAUGGCCUAGCAGCAACUGUAUGGUCUAACAACAUUGGAAGAGUUUGGCGAGUAUCUAAGAAGUUGCAGUCAGGAUUGGUCUGGACUAACUGCUGGCUCAUCAGGGACCUGAACCUUCCUUUUGGUGGAAUGAAAGCUUCAGGAAUUGGCAGAGAGGGAGCAAAGGACUCAUAUGACUUCUUUACUGAAGUAAAAACAAUUACUGUUAAAUAUUGAUCUUUGCUUAUGGAAAAGUUGUUAUGGUAAAUGUCUUUUAAUAGCAUGGUUACUAUAUGGUUGUGAAUAGAAAUUAUAGAAUGAAUUAAUUGAGGAUUAAGAGGUUACAGAAAGCAAAUAGGCAAUUUUGAUUAUAUAAAAUUAAAAAAAAAACAUUGUUGCACAAACAAAUCUAAUGCAGCCAAAAUUAGACAUGAAGCAGGUAAAUGGGGAAAAACAUCUUUGCAUCAGGUUUCUUGGAUAAAGGUCUCAUUUCUAAGAUAUAUAGGAAAUUGACUCAAAUUCAUUAUAAUAAAGGCCAUUCUUCAAUUGAUAAAUAGAUAAAGGAUAUGAACAGGUACUUUUAAGAGGAAGAAAUUCAAUCUAUCAAUGGUCAUAAAAAAUUAUCCACCUCACUAAUAAUUAGAUAAAUGAACAUAAAGAAGCUUUGAAGAUUUACCUCACAUUUACCAGAUUUGCAAAGUUAACAAAAAAAGAAAAUUGAUAAAUGCUGGAGAAGUUGUGGGAGGACAGGUAUACUAAUAUCCUGUUGGUAGAGCCAAAAACUGGUCAACAAGCCAUUUUGGAAAGCAAUUUGGAACAAUGCCUCAGAAGUUACUAAACUGUAACCCUUUGACAGAGCAAUACCACUAUGAAGUGUAAAAUCCAAAGAUAUUAAAAAAAAAAAAAGAACUCAUAUGUACAAAAAAUUUUA